AUAACAGAUUAUUUAAAAUGAUUAUUAUUUCUGUUUGCGUAUUGGUGAUAUUAAAAUAAUAAUGGUGGCGAUUUUUGAAAUCCUAAAAUAAUUCAGCUUUUAUAUGUGUUUUUAUUUCUUCUAGUCGAUUAGUAUAUUUAUGAAAUCAAACUUUAUAUUUAAAUAUGGGUGGUCUUUUUACUAAGAGUAAAAAGCCAGUAAGCAGAGUAACCGAGCAAGAUAAGGCUGUGCUGCAACUAAAACAACAAAGGGAUAAGUUAAAACAGUAUCAAAAGAAAACAGAGCUAAACCUUGAAAGACAAAGACAAUUAGCAAAAAAACUUUUAGCUGAAGAUAAGCGAGAUAAAGCUAAAUUACUAUUGAAAAAGAAGAGAUACUUUGAAAAUCUUUUACAGAACGCAGACAUUCAAUUAGAAAAAUUAGAACAACUAACACAUGAUCUGGAGUUCACUCAGAUUGAAGUUCAGGUCUUGGAUGGAUUAAAGAAUGGAAAUGCAGCUUUAAAAAACAUUCAUGAAAUGUUGAGUAUUGAUGAAAUAGAAAGAAUCAUGGAUGAAACCCAAGAGGGUAUUCAGAAGCAAAGAGAAUUGGAUGAACUUAUUUCUGGACAGCUAACAGGAGAAGAUGAUGAAGCUAUUGAAGCUGAAUUAGAAGAAAUGCUUGAUAUUAAAGACCUUCCAGAAGUCCCUAUAGAUGAGUUGCCAGAAACAGAAAAGGUGCAAACAGAAAGAAAGGAAAAGUUAAAAUCUGGUUCUAAAAAAAUUGCGAUGGAAGCAUGAUAAAUAUAGUGAAAAUUAUUGUUUUAAUUUUAAGAAAAAUUAUAUUUUACUAUCUGCAGAAUUAUUAAUAAAUAUUAAAGGCAUU